CAUUUCUACGGGAGUGGGAGAUAUCGCGAGAUUUGCACAGAUCCAACAUGGCGGACGAGGAGGUGGCCAAGCUACAGAAGCAUCUGGCGCUCCUCCGCCAGGAGUACGUGAAGCUGCAACAGAAGCUGGCAGAGACCGAGAAAAGAUGUGCCUUGCUCGCAGCCACAUCCAAUGCUGGGAAUACCACUGACUCCUUUAUUUCCAGAUUGCUUGCUAUUGUCUCAGAGCUUUAUCAGCAAGAACAGUACAGUGACCUGAAAGUGAAGAUUGGAGAAAAGCACCUCAAUGUUCACAAGUUUGUGUUGGCAGCACGCAGUGAUACCUGGAGCCUUGCAAAUCUUGCUUCUACCCAUGAGCUAGAUCUGUCAGAUGCUGAUCCAGAGGUGGCCAUGUCAAUGCUCCGAUGGGUUUACACAGAUGAUCUGGAACUGAAGGAAGAUGAUGUGUUCCUUAUCAACCUGAUGAAACUGGCCAAUCAAUUUCAGCUGUAUCAACUCCGGGAAAGGUGUGAAAAAGGAGUAAUGUCGCUGGUUAACGUUAGGAACUGUAUUCGGUUCUAUCAGACUGCAGAGGAGCUGAAUGCUGUUGCAUUAUUGAAUUACUGUUCUGAAAUCAUAGCCAGCCAUUGGGAUGAUCUGCAGAAAGAUGAUUUCAGCAGCAUGACUGCUCCUUUGUUAUACAAAAUGAUAAAAUCAAAAACUGAAUACCCUUUGCAUAAAGCUAUCAAAGUGGAAAGAGAAGAUGUUGUGUUCCUCCACCUUAUUGCGAUGGACUCUCAGUUGCCUGGUAAACUAAAUGAACUUGAUGAUAAUGGAGACCUGGCCUUGGAUCUGGCGCUCUCUCGACGGCUAGAGAGUAUUGCAACAACGCUGGUUAAUAACAAAGCAGAUGUUGACAUGGUGGAUAAGAAUGGCUGGAAUUUACUUCACAAAGCUAUCCAAAGAGGUGACGAAUUUUCUGCUAGCUUCUUGAUUCGGAAUGGUGCUUGUAUAAAUGCAGCAACAUAUGGAGAGCAGGAGACAUCACUUCACCUUGUGGCCUCGUAUAGUCUCAAAAGGCACUCAUUAGAAGCAAUGGCAGGAAUGGCACGUAUUGCACAAGCACUUCUGGAAGCAGCUGCCAAUCCUAAUAUGCAGGAUAGCAAAGGACGGACACCUUUGCACACCUCUAUAUUGGCAGGGAAUGAAUAUGUCUUCACGCAGUUACUGCAGUGUAAACGGUGUGAUUUGGAGCUGAAGGACCACGAAGGAAAUACUGCACUGUGGUUAGCACUUCAGGAUAUAACAGUGGAUUCUGAUCCGUCAGUGAAUCCAUUUGAUGACGUUCAGGUUGUGAAUGGCACCUCGUUUGAUGAGAACAGUUUUGCUGCAAAACUUAUUAAGCGGGGCAGUAAUCCAGAUGCUCCAGAUGCAAAAGGAAAUUGUUUGAUGCAAAGAGCCUCAGAGACUGGAAAUGAAGCUGCUGCACUUUUCCUGGUUGCUCAUGGGGCCAAGGUUAAUCACACUAAUCAAUGGGGUGAAACACCACUUCACACUGCCUGCAGAUACGGGUUGGCAAACCUCACUGUAGAACUAUUGCAACAUGGAGCAAAUCCCAACAUUCAAACAAAACGACCGCUUCCCACUGGCACAGGUGUGUCACAAGAUACCGCUGAGGGUCUCCACUUGCAGACUCCACUUCACAUGGCAAUAGCAAACAACCAUCCAGAUGUAGUAUCUGUGAUACUGGAGCAGAAAGCAAAUGCACUUCAUGCAGCCAGUAAUCUGCUGAUUAUUCCUGACUUCAGCCUCAAAGAUUCCAGAGAUCAGACUGUCCUAGGGUUGGCUCUGUGGACAGGCAUGCAUACAAUUGCAGCACAGCUCCUUGGUUCAGGGGCAGCCAUUAACGACUGUAUGUCCGAUGGUCAGACUCUACUACACAUGGCAAUUCAGCGGCAAGACAGCAAAAGUGCCCUCUUCCUUCUCGAGCACCAAGCUGAUAUCAAUGUUCGAACUAGUGAGAGUGAAACAGCUCUUCAAUUGGCCAUCAAAAAUCAGCUUCCACUUGUGGUUGAUGCUCUUUGUACUCGUGGUGCAGAUAUGACUGUGCCAGACGAGAAGGGAAAUGCACCUUUGUGGCUGGCUCUGGAGAGCGGACUCGAGGACAUUGCCUCCACCUUGGUGAGACACGGCUGUGAUGCAACAUGUUGGGGUACCGGACCUGGUGGAUGUCUACAGACUUUGUUACACCGAGCCAUCGAUGAAAAUAACGAAAAUUCUGGCUGCUUCCUCAUCCGCAGUGGAUGUGACGGAAACAGUCCGAGACGACCAGGGCCCAAUGGUGAGGGUGAUGAGGAGGCCCGUGACGGUCAGACACCGUUGCACAUGGCAGCAAGCUGGGGCCUUGAGGAAGUGGUGCAGUGCCUUCUGGAGUUUGGUGCCAAUGUGAAUACCCAGGAUUCUGAGGGAAGAACUCCAAUCCACGUUGCCAUUAGCAACCAGCACAGUGUUAUAAUUCAGCUUCUGAUCUCGCAUCCUGACAUCCGGUUAAACAUGCGGGAUCGCCAGGGUCUGACGCCCUUUGCCUGCGCAAUGACCUACAAGAACAACAAGGCUGCAGAGUCGAUCCUCAAACGAGAGCCAGGAGCAGCUGAACAGAUUGACAACAAGGGGAGGAACUUUCUUCACAUUGCUGUGCAGAACUCUGACAUCGAGAGUGUUCUAUUCCUGAUUAGUGUGCAGGCUAAUGUGAACUCGCGAGUCCAGGAUUCAUCCAAGCUCACACCGUUACACCUGGCUGUACAAGCAGGAUCUGAGAUAAUAGUCCGGAAUCUGCUGCUUGCGGGGGCUAAAGUGAACGAGCUGACAAAACACCGUCAGACAGCCCUCCAUCUUGCGGCUCAGCAGGACCUGCCAACUAUCUGCUCCGUGUUGCUGGAGAAUGGUGUGGAGUUUGCUGCUGUCGAUGAGAAUGGGAACAACGCUCUUCACCUGGCAGUUAUGCACGGCCGCCUCAAUGUAGUGCGUGUUCUCCUAACGGAAUGCAGUGUCGAUGCUGAAGUUUUCAAUCUGAGGGGACAAUCACCUAUGCACGUCCUGGGACAUUAUGGGAAAGAGAAUGCAGCAACUAUCUUUGAGCUCUUCUUGGAAUGUAUGUCUGACUACCCUCUGGAUAAGCCAGAUGCUGAAGGGAACACAGUCUUGCUGUUGGCCUACAUGAAGGGAAACGCCAACCUAUGCAGAGCCAUUGUGCGAGCUGGAGCCCGUCUGGGUGUCAACAACAACCAGGGGGUCAACAUAUUUAAUUACCAGGUGGCUACAAAGCAGCUGCUCUUCCGGCUUCUAGACAUGCUGUCCAAGGAGCCUCCGUGGUGUGAUGGUUCCAACUGCUUCGAAUGCAUUUCCAAAUUUGGAGUCACCAUGCGCAAACACCAUUGCCGCCAUUGUGGACGAUUGCUAUGCCACAAGUGCUCGAUGAAAGAAAUUCCCAUCAUCAAGUUUGAUUUGAACAAGCCUGUGAGGGUGUGCGACAUUUGCUUCGAUGUCCUCACACUGGGUGGAGUCUCUUAGUACUCGUUAGUUGCUCUUUUGUUUUUACCAGCACUACACAAUGCCUUUCCAGUGGCUGGAAAUUCAAAUUGGACUAGCACCUUUAAAGAGAAGUCUAAACACUUGAAGAUUGCAUUAUAUUACUCAGAUUGAAAUUAUGUUGUUUGAUUGUAAUAAUGGACUUGGCAUUAAUGAAUGAACAAAUGCAUAGCCAUGUGAAUCGUUCAGAGUUGAGUGCAGGUGCUUCUGGCUGGGGUUGGUAUGACCCUAUUCUUACAGGGUUGUAUGGUAGAAAUGUUCAGGACCUGGUGUUUCAAAUGAACACCUUCCAGUUCUGGUCUACUUUUGUAUUUUUUUUUAAAUCUUGCUCAUUAAUCAGGGGUAAUGCUGUUACCGCCUCCCCAGCCCCAUUCAGAAGGUAUUCUUGAAUGUCAUUGUGAUGUUACACUUGGAACAAUCUAGACUAGCUCAACAACCCAUUGAGGGUAUUGACUGUCCACUUCUCCACAUGGACUAUAUAUGGUAUCUGUGCUUUAGUUUAGUUCUGUUUCUUAAUGCUGUACACAUAGAUGACAGCAAUUAACUUGCUGGUCCAGAUCUCUGAGAAGAAAUUGGUAACACUAAUUUAUUUUACCGAUACAAUGGCUGUGCAUUGAAAAAGGGAAAUGGCACAUAUUUGAUCCAAAUGCAUAACCAUCUGUGUGGUAGAAUAUGGCCUCUUUUAAACUGGAACAACAUAGAAUAACUUUUUAAAAAAUCUGCUUAGUACAGUAUCAAACUAACCUUUGGUAAACUAAUUCUGCAUUCCAUUGUACCUGAACAGAAUGGUUUGCCUUUUCAUGAAUUUCCCAGUUCAUUAGGUCAUUUUGACUGGAUUCCCACUACAUGGAACAGCACAGGCAUGGCACGUGGCUUGUUCCAGCAUCUCACCACCUGAUAAUUAAUAUGCUCCUACCAGAAUCCUAGGGAUUGGUUUGCUAUGAAAGAUAUUUACCCAGCUGGCGCUGGGUGCACGCCACGGACCCAAUCGCAUCAUCUCGGAAGCUCUAGUCACAAAAGACACGAGGAAAGCAUUUUUUUUUGGUAUGUGUGAAUAAUAUUUGGACAUCCCUGAAGGAGAGAACGUUACACUUUGAUAACUAUUCUACUUUAUCAUCCAUAAAGCCACUAGUUCAAGGAUUACUGCAUGAUGUGCAGUGAAAAUUGUGUAAAAUAUUGUAUUUUAUGCAGUUUGUGCUGUGCUAUAUAAUACUUAAAAGUGUUUCAGCAAAGUUUCCUGCUUCAUUGCAUUGUAUCUUAAUCCAUUUGAAUAUAAGGCCUGAUGCUUUAGGUUGAAUAGUUAAUAUAUUGCAUUGACAUCCCGUGUAUAAUUCUAUUAUACUCUGUAUAAUAUUGCUUGCUCGGCUCUGAUUGACGGGAUGAAGGGUAAAUUAGUCCUUUUGGAAAGUUUGUAUUCAUUUCUUGGUUGAAGUCAGCAACUUGUGUUGAAUAACAUUCCAUAUGUAAUAUGAUGUUGGUGCAUUUGUAAUGCAGCUUGUGUGCCUUGUGAAGCUGCUUGUAUAAUUAAACUAUCAGAGGCUUUUGACUAACAGCAAUUGCUUUGAACUAAUGUGGUAGUGUUGAAUUCCCUUCGAAGUAAAGUUUAAUGAAGGAGUAGAUUCAGGACACCAUUUACUUGGCAUUAAUGUUUCUCCUACAUGGUCCUGUUAGCUAAACAACCUGUGCUAGCUAGCUUAUCUUACUAAAUUACCCAGCAUUAUAUUCAUGCUAAGGCUUGCCAGAAACAAAGCCAAGCUCACAAGAUUCCUGCAGAGCUAUGACACAACAUCCAUUUUAGUAUAUUCUGAGGAGCAUUAGAUUUGAAGUAACUGUUUUUCCAAGUAGUCACAGUGCUUUGAUAUAAAUGUUGGCCCAUGGCACUGAAGGCAAUAAAAGUGAAUGGUGUAGCAAAAAUCAUCGGGAUUUCUCAUUUUCCCUCCCCCCAACAUAUUUCAAGAGUUAAAUACCUCUAAAAGAUGUUCUGUUGUUGGCUGUUCAUUUACAUCGAUCAAUAGAAGCACACUCAUUGUGAUUUUUUUUUGUUGCAUCGGUAUUUAAAAGGGUGAUAAGUCAGCACGUGGACACAUCAAGCAAUAAUCAGCCAACCUCUGUUAUUGUUUACCAUGAGCAGUUGGAUGAAGCUAGCUUUCCAGUUUCUUCAUGUCACAGGGUGUUGUCCUGGUGUGAACGAACUACCCAUUAGGUCAGCAAUUGCUUGUGGAGGUCAAAUUGCAGCAAAAGCACCGACAUCUUAUUGCAUCUGCUCCCUGCUGCUGCCAGUGCCUUUUUGUCCUUUAGUCUCCUGCGUAAUGAGUAACCUCAACCCAAUGAGGACUGCAUCUUGAUAAAUAUCAACAUCCCAAGUUCAGCCAAACACUCUAAUGAGCAGUGCUUUACAAAUAAAUCCACAAAUGUUACAUUUACUUCGAAGAACAAAUGAAUUUAUAGAGAUCUGUUUGAGUAGCAGUGCUCAAUGGGUUAGGAAUUGGCCUUUUUAUUCAAUUCAUUUCAGUAUUAGAAGAUGUCUGUUUUGCACUUGCAUUUAAACCUGUUGCACAAUUGUCCUAUAACAGUGUAUGUUUACUUAUGUUUACAGUGUAUAGGUGAGUAAGUCUGUGCAGCAACAUCGAUCCAGUAUGUUGCUGACAGUGGUGCUUGGGGACAUGGUAAUCAAUAUAGCCAUCUUUGAUAACAGAAGCCUGACUCUGUAAUUCUAAGUAGAUGGGGUUAAAGUCUGUAAUUCUUGGUUGUACUAGUCAAAGGUGGUCGCGGACCAGUAUCAUGCAUAGAUGUGGCUUGAGCCAUAGAUCAGUGUUACUUUAAUGGGUAUCCCUGUGAAAUGUCAAAACAGCAAUACAUGUAUGUGUGCAAUGGAUGCCACCGCAGCUAUCUUGAUGUCUUUUCUUUAUAUAUACAGACAGUACAAUGGUAAAUUUAAUAAUUUGUAUAUUGUUGCCUAUGUUGUAUGGAAAAAUAUAGAUUUUGCAGAAUUGCAGUUAUUUCCUGUUCAUUUGAACAGCAGACCUCAAGACUUAGCAUUACACUGUGCUUGUGCUUGGCUGGGUGUCGGUCUGUAUGGCGUUCAUUUGAGCUGGGAUCAAUGAUUAUCCUUCCCUUGGCUGUGAUUGUGUGAUGGUUAGUACAGACUCUCAGGAAUGUAGUAAAAAUGGGUGCACACAUGCUAACACAUCUGGGAAGAAAUUGCACACACUUCAGAUCUCGCUGUACCAUGUACCACCGUUUCUUGGCUGUUAUUCAUAAGUUGAAUGUUGUUCCAGAGAAAAAGGCACCUGAGCAGCUUUCAAAUAAGCAGGAAAAUGGAGACAAAGG